GCAAUCUACUUUCGUACUUUUUUAAUGACUGUUGAUUGUCACGUGUUUGGUUCUUUCGUUCUUUUGUUUUCUUUUUUAACGUUAAAUGUAAUUAUCAGAAAAAAAGGAAAAUCGGAGUACCUAAUUGACAAAGAAAGAAACAUUUAUCAAAAACCACGAAAUCGGGAAUUCUAAGGAAAAUGUCAAAAUCUUUCUAUCCAAACGAAUGCCACGUUUGUAGCUCGAGAGCAACGCUAAAAAGAUGCAGCCGCUGUCAACUGAUAUCAUACUGCGGUGAAGCACAUCAAAGAAAUGACUGGACAAACCACAAGACAUUUUGCGAUGUAGUCUAUCUAAUAACGAGGGUCAACAAUUUAUCUCACAUCUAUGAGAAUUCGAAAGGUUUCUCCAUAAAGAAAUGGACAUCCGAACGAAUGAACAUGAUUGGUCAUGUCUCAUCAUUAUUAGAUCGUGAUCUCUACUCGAAUGAAAUAGGAAUGUUAAAUUUUCCCCGCUCAUGUAUUGUGUGUCACGACACAAGACAGGAGAAUCUCACAAAUUGUCCCCACUGUCCAUUGGUGUCAUUUUGCAAAGAACAUCCAAUGACACCACAACACGAGGAGGAAUGUUCGAAAAUUAAGGACUGCUACAAUUUUGAAAUUGAUUACGAGGAUUUUUUGGAGAAAGCACUAUUUAUACUCUUCACUCUUCUCCAUUUGAAGAAGAAUCAUCAAACAAUAGUACCAACAAGCACAGCCGAUUACCUGAAUCAACUUCUCGAACCAUCGAUGAAAAUUGACGAUAAAACGAGAAGAUAUCUCUACGCACUUCUUGCGCCGUCUCUAAGUAUUUUUAGCGCAAUUCAAAAAUUAAAUUAUCCCCUAACAUCGAAACUGAAAAUCAGCAUCAAAUCUCGUGAUAAUCUUAACGAUAUUCCACAGCAUUGGGAGACUUUAUUGCAUCUACUUCCCAAUGUUCAACAUCUCACUAUUAUUCUCGACAGCGAACGAAGUGUUACAACCGAGCAGGACGUGGGACUCUGUGAAAAAUGCACUGCAAUGAAACGUAAAUUAAUCACAAGAACUCUAUCCGAUCUCGACACUGACGAUUCAUUCUCAAUGAACUUGGCAGUCAUCACAAAUAUGUCAGUGCCGAAAAAUUGGGAUUUCGAAUGGUCGAUAAUUAGUCACAUGUGGUCAUUAUUCAAGUGUCCCUUAAUUUUCAUUUUAAGCAAAGAAUCACAAGUGAAACAAUUGAGGAGAAAAUUUAGAUCCGACUCAAGAUGGAAGGGUUUAAUUUGCUACGAUGGUCUCAAUGAAUUUGCCCCCUCAUGUCCUUGUCGUUCGUCAGAUGAUUGGACAAUCGUUGAGGACAAACAAUUUCUAUUGGUCAUGAAUGCUGUCGAGUCGAAUUCAAGUAGAAUGAAGAAAAAAUUUGCAAAUAAACAUAAGAGGACAAAUGAUGCUGCUACAAAUUCAUCAGUCAAAAAUCAUGUUCUUCCAUCUGUACCGGUAAAAAAUGAAAAUCAGGAAAAUAAGAAAACUAAUGAAGAAAUUCCAAAGAGUUCUAAUUACAAGAAAAAUGUACAAUUUGCUACUGCAAGUGGAAGUACAGUUGAGGAUAAAAUUCCCGAACUUGACGAUAUUAAGAAAACGGAUGCAGAAAUAGUUGCGAAAAAUGUUGAUUACAAGGAAAUUGAAAAUCAGAAUAAACUUCUAUUGAAAAAAAAUAUGCUACUUCAGAAACAAAUUGAUGAUGUCAUUAAGGAGAAUAUUAAUCUAAAGGACGAGAACGAUCAACUGAAGGAUAAAAUUUUGAAAUUGGAAAUUUAAUUUCAAAAUUUAAGCUCAAUGAUAGCAAAGAAUAAUCAUAAUUUCCAACUCCCUAUAUUAACAUAAUUUUACAGGAAAAAGUUGCUUAUAUUAUUUUUGAAAUAUUUUCUGCGUUUUGUUUCAUUCAUUACAUAUAUUAAAUUUUAAAAUAUAACAAAAACAAUAAUAACAAUAAUAAAAAUUAUCAUAACAAAAACAAUAAUAACAAUGAUGAAAAUAAUAAUAAAAGUAAUAAUAAUU